AUGUCAAUUCAAUUUGUUAAAUCAACUACUGAUUUUAAUAACUAUAUUAAGAAUAAUAAAUAUUUAGUUGCUAAUUUCACUGCUUCUUGGUGUGGUCCGUGUCAAGCUAUAAAACCAAUAGUUGAUAAAUUAUAUGAUAAUUUUAAAAAUGUUGAAAUUGUAAGAGUCGAUUUAGAUUCUCAAAGAGAUUUAGCUACUAAAUUUACCGUAACAGCUGUACUUACAUUUAUAUUUAUUAAGAAUGGUACUGAAACUGAUAGGUUAAAAGGUGCAAAUGUCGAUCAAUUACAUCAUAAAAUUGAAGAGUACAAUACGCAAGCUCAAAAUGAAGGUAUUUCAAGAAAAGGAAGUUCACAAGUUGCAAAUUAUAGUUCUAAUGCUUAUUUGAAAGAUAUCAAAUCAUAUAUAUCUAAAGGUUUCGAUAUAUUAAACUCCAAUAUCGAGUAUUCGUCAUUUGAAUUAUUAAAUGGUUUAAAUAUUUACAAAGAUGCAACUUAUAAAGAUUUAUUUAACUUGGAUUCAAAUGAAAAAGGUACAAUUAUAUCAGAUUCUGAUUCUCAAUUAUUAAUCUUUAUUCCAUUUUUAAACAUUUCCAAAAUAUAUUCAAUAUUAAUUAAAUUAAAUAAACAAGUUAAGAAAGAUAAUUUAAAAAUAGAUCAGGAAGAUGUUGAUGAGUUACAAUUACCUAAUUUAUGUAAAUUAUGGAGUAAUAGAAGUGUUUUAUCUUUUGAAGAAGCAAGUGAGGAUAAUAAUUCACCACAUUUAGAGAAAAUUGAAGGUAGUGAUGGUUCCUGGUAUGAAGUUAAAUUAAAAUAUGUUAAAUUCCAAAAUGUACAAAAUUUGACACUAUUUUUUGAUUCUGAAGAUGAAGAUUCACAUACUAUAAUUGAAAAAAUAAUAAUAGUUGGAGUUAACGGAGAAUCAAAAGAUCAAGGUUCGUUACCAAAAUUAGAAGAUGAAUAA